AUGGUGGCCGAUAUCCUUCUACAAGUAUUCUUGAUCCUUCUUUCCGUUUUCCUCUAUCUAUAUAUGCAUGAUAUCCCCCAAAAAGUUCUAGCCAAACUGCGACAGCAUCGCAACCGCGCCGCCGUAGAGGCCAAGCGCCACUUCAUCAUCGGCGCCCAGAUGCUGUCGGAGGCUAGAUCUCCCUCCAACUCUGGCUCCAGUGCCAUCUCCUUGGCCAAAAAAGCCGAAGAGGAAGCCACCAAAUCCAUCACACUCGAUCCCAAGGACGCCGCGUCUCACAUCCUCAAAGCAUUAGCUCUCGAUCUUCAAGGAUUCAAGACCUCCGCUCUGGACUCGCUGGACGUGGCUCUCUCUCCUUUGGCCGUGAAGUCGCUUAGCGAGAAAGAGAAAGGGGAUGCACUGUUUAAGAGAGCUGAGUUAGUGAUGGGGAUGAAUAAACGCGAGCGAGUUGACUUGGCGAUUGAGGAUCUGACUCAAGCGGUGAAUCUGAAUCAGGAGAACUCGAAUGCGUUCCGUUUAUUAGGCGAGUGCUAUGAGGCGAAGAAGAUGGAAGAAGAAGCUAAAAGUGCUUAUGAGGAGGCUCUGAAGUUGCGGCCUGAAUUGGCUUCGGCUAGAGAGGCGCUGGAAAGGCUGGGCUCGUAG